GUUUCCGCUGCUGGUCAAAUAGGUGAGGUGAUCAAUUUAUAUGGAAUAAGAACAGCCAGGCUUUCAAGACGGUUUCAAAAGAAACAAUCCAGAUAUCAAUAGAGUGACAGUGAUCGUUCGUGAUUCUACACGAAAAUGUCCGAGGAACCAGUAGUUACAGUGCGCCUUGAAGUUAACGGUGUGAAGUAUCUUAUUUCAAACACAAGUUCAACGACAUCGUUUAAUGAAUGGCUCAGAUCACAACCUGGACUGAAAGGUACUAAGGUGACAUGCCAAGAAGGUGGGUGUGGCGCCUGUGUUGUGGUGUUGACAAAACAAGAUCCAGCCACGAAGAAGGACAAAGUGAUGGCCGUCAACAGCUGUCUUCUUCCUCUCUUCGCUGUGGAUGGAUGUAAGAUUACAACGACUGAAGGAUUGGGGAGCAGCCGCUCUGGUUAUCAUCCUAUUCAAGAACGUAUUGCGCAAUAUAAUGGCAGUCAGUGUGGUUUUUGCACUCCGGGAAUGGUAAUGAAUAUGUACGGAUUACUCUCGGGAAAUGCUCAACCGACACAAGAUAUUGAAGAUGGUUUUGAUGGCAACUUAUGUCGUUGUACAGGUUUCCGUCCCAUACUUGAUGCGAUGAAAUCGUUUGCGAAAGAUGAAAAUCCCAUUGAUAUUGAGGACCUUCGCAGAUGUCAAAGAAAAUGUUGUGAUGAGAUUAAAACAUGUCACGGUUGUUGCUUCAGUGAGGGAGAAAUGUCUGCACACCCGUUAUGGUUUAAACCUACAUCUUUGAAGGAUCUCUAUACGAUACUGGAUUCACAUCACUCUGAGGCCAUCAGAUUGGUCGCUGGUAACACUGGAAAAGGUGUUUACAAAAACGAUGGUAAUUAUGACGUUUUCAUUAAUAUUGCUGAUGUUCCUGAACUAAAUACCGUACAGGUAACUGAGACAGCUUUGCAGCUUGGUGCAGCAAUCUCUCUAAACAAAAUGAUCGGAGAGCUGAGAGCCAAUUCUUCCAAAUCCAAGUCAUUUAAAACUCUUGCAAUUCAUAUCAAGAAGAUUGCCAACGUCCCAGUCAGAAAUGUUGGCUGCUGGGCUGGAAAUCUGAUGAUGAUUCACAAGCAUCGUGAUUUUCCGUCAGAUAUGUUAUAAUAAUGUG